GGUGACCGGGGCCGCUGUCGGGACCCCGGGUGUGGGGGAUCCCCGGGUGCCGGAGACCCCCGGUGCCCAGCGGCCCCGCCGCCGAGCCGUCUCUCCGCGCCGCAGCGGCCCCGGCCUGGUCCCGCCAUGGACGAUUUGAUCCUCAACGUGGACUUCGCCGCCCCCGAAUGCCGCCCCAAGAAGGAGCCGGGCAACCUCAAGCACCAGAGGUUCGUGCGGCGGCGGCGGCAGCUGGAGCGCCGCGGGGUCCUGCGGCAGAAGCAGCUCCCGGCGGCACCGGGCGGGCCCCGGCGGGCCCCCAGGUCGCGGGGGACCAGGGGCGGGGCGGGGAAGCCGCGCUCGGGCCAGCCCAAAGAGAACGGCCCUGCCGCUGCCCCCCGACGGCCCCCGGCAUCCCAGAACGGCCCCGAUGCUCCUGCUAAGACCAAGGGGAAGGGCUGUGGGGCGGCUCGGGGCUCCGCCAACGCUGUCGGAGCCCCCCCGGCAUCCCAGAACGGCACCGAUGCUCCCGCUAAGACCAAGGGGAAGGGCUGCGGGGCGGCUCGGGGCUCCGCCAACGCUGUCGGAGCCCCCCCGGUAUCCCAGAACGGCUCCGCCGGAACCAGUGCUCCCGCUAAAACCACGGGGAAGGGUCGGGGGGCAGCUCGGGGCGCCCCCAAGGCCGGCGCUGCCCCCCCGGUGCCCCCCAAGCUGGUGGCCAUGGACUGUGAGAUGGUGGGCACGGGGCCCGGCGGGCGGACCAGCGCCCUGGCCCGCUGCAGCAUCGUCACCUACGAGGGGGACAUCGUGUACGAUCAGUACGUGCGGCCCGAGGAGCCCAUCGUGGAUUACCGGACGCGCUGGAGCGGGAUCCGCCGGCACCACAUGCACAAAGCCGUGCCCUUCCGCAGGGCGCAGCAGCAGGUGCUGCGGAUCCUUGCUGGGAAGGUCGUGGUCGGCCAUGCUAUCCACAACGACUUCAAAGCCCUCCGGUAUACCCACCCCAAAGCCCUCACCCGGGACACGUCCCAGAUCCCCCUGCUGAACCGCCGGGGGGGCUUCCCAGAGAAUGUGGCCAUCUCCCUGAAGCGCCUCACCAAAGCCCUGCUGAACCAGGACAUCCAGGUAGGGAAAAGUGGCCACUCCUCGGUGGAGGACGCCCGAGCCACCAUGGAGCUCUACAAGGUGGUGGAGGAGGAGUGGGAGCAGCACCUGCGGCAGAACCCAGAGCAGAAGUGACACUUGGGGGGCUCAGAGUGACACCCCCAGCUCCGUCCUGCCUCUGGGGGGCCCACAGUGAUGGCCUUGGCCUGGUCCUGCCUCUGGGGGGACGCUGAGUGAUGUCCCCAGGCCUGGUCCUGCCCCUCGAGGGUCCUGUGAGUGCCGAGGGGCUGCCUCCAUCUGUGGAUGAUGAGGAGCCAGGUGACGUCCCUUGUCCCCAAGCCUGACGUGCCUUGUGCCACUGCUGUUGUGCCCUGCUCUCCCCAGGAUGUGGGGAGGGCCUGGGAUGGUGCCUUCCCAAGAGGGGGCUGUGGGAUCCUGCACCCCCCAAACACUUCGGGGCUGAUCUGGGAGUGACCUUGGGGCACCCUGAGCACAGCCCUCAUCACUGGGGCCUUGGGAAUGGAGUGGGCUCCUUCCUCUUCCCAAAACUACCUCUGGCAGUGCCGGGAGCUGCCGAUGUGCCCCGGGACGAUGUGUAGGAGCGGGUGGGGCUCAGAUCCCUCUGGAAAGUCCCCACUCCGCUCCGGGCGCUGCUUUCAUCGAUGAUUAAGUUCCACCUUCCCGCAAGGGGCGGGACAGACCCGGUCAUGGGAGCAGCAUCGCGCCAUCCUCUGGCCCGAGACCCCGCGCUGCCCCGGGGACGACCCCGCCACUCGCGGGCAAGUCCCCCCCGCGCUGGCUCGGGGACACCCCCGACACCGGAGGGUGGUCAUACCCUGAAGGCGCCCGAGCCCGACAGGAACUGCUUUGAACGGAAAGGUUUAUGUGGAAAACCCUAAUUAAAAAGAAAUGAUUAAA